AGUGGCUCACGCUGUAUCUACUCCUUAAGAAUCGUUCGCUUCAGCUAACCUCCCCCUCCUCUUCUUCCGUCUCGCGCUCCAGCUCCACGCCAAUUAAACCCUACUCCCUCUCUCUGCGUUAUUUCCGUUUCCGUCUCCCUCUCCUCGCCCACACGUCCAAAACGAAGGAGCAAACGAACAUAUACGAGCGGCAGGGGGCCAGCGAGCAGCUGGGAUGGAGGCGCCGGCCGAGUACGGGUACUACGGCGGCGCGGGCCGCGAGAGGAAGGCGCCGGGGUACGGGGACCACUUCGUCGUGGACGACCUCCUCGUGCUGCCGUACGACGACGACGAGGAAGGGGACGGGGAAGCGGCACCCGGCGACGUCGAGGCGCAGUGCCUGCAGGCCGCUGACUCCGCCGGCGGCGCCGGAGGAGGCGGCAUCAAGGAGGAGGGCGGCCUCGGGAACUUGUCGGCCGACUCGUCGACGGUCACGGCCCUGGACAGCUGCAGCAACUCCUUCUCCGGGCUAGCCGACGGCGACUUCUCGGGCGACCUGUGCGAGCCGUACGACCAAUUGGCGGAACUGGAAUGGCUUUCCAACUACAUGGGCGAGGGAGACGACGCCUUCGCCACCGAGGAUCUUCAGAAGCUGCAGCUUAUCAACGGCAUCCCCGCCGGCGGCUUCUCCUCGUCGGCGAACGUGCCGCGGGCUCCCGUGACCGAGGCGGCUCUGGCUUCGGUCGCCUCCGCGGGGCAGCCAGGUAUGUUCCUCCCGGAGGCGUCGGUCCCUGGCAAGGCUCGUAGCAAGCGCUCCCGCGCUGCGCCCGGCAACUGGUCGUCACGACCGCUCGUGCUCCCGCCACCCCCGGCCUCGCCGCCAUCCCCGGCGUCCAUGGCCAUCUCGCCGGCGGAGUCCGGCAUCUCGGCCCAGGCGUUCCCUACCAAGAAGCCGUCAAAGAAGAAGGACGCGCCGCUGGCGCCGCAGGCGCAGCCCUCGAGCGCGUCCGCGCAGUCGGGCGGCUCGGCCUCGGCGGCAUCUGCGGAAGGGCGGCGGUGUCUGCACUGCGAGACGGAUAAGACGCCGCAGUGGAGGACCGGACCCAUGGGGCCCAAGACGCUGUGCAACGCGUGCGGGGUCCGGUACAAGUCGGGCCGGCUGGUGCCGGAGUACCGGCCCGCGGCGAGCCCGACCUUCGUGAUGUCGAGGCACUCCAACUCGCACCGCAAGGUGCUGGAGCUGCGCCGCCAGAAGGAGGUGCAGCCCCAGCCGCACGUGAUCGCCGGCGGUGCAGGCGGGCUAAUGCACAUGCAGAGCUCGCUGCUGUUUGACGGGCCCGCGGCGCCACCCAUCGUCGCCGGCGACGACAUCUUGAUCCACCACCACAUAGGGACAGGCUAUCGUCAGCUCAUCUAGACGAGUCUCGUGCUAUAAUUGAUCAAUUAGCCCAGUAAUAAUUAAUGCAGCUAAAACCUAAGAACCAAAAAAAAUAUGAAAGAACUACUAAUCUUUUCUUAGGAGUUCUUUUCCCCCUUUGCUUAUUGGUUCGUGUGCUUUUGUUCAGUCCUUGGAAAUUUUCGUGUCAUUUUGUUUA